CGCCAUGUCGCCCUCGAGACCGUCAAGUCCGCCCCGAGAUACACAGAAACAGUGCUAGACGAGAUCAAGCUCCUCCAACGCCUCAUCACCUCCACCACUCCUCCCACCCACCCCGGCCGAUCCCACGUCAUCUCCUUCCUCGACCACUUCAGACACAAGGGCCCGAACAGAACCCAUGUCUGCAUGAUCUUCGAGGUCCUCAGCGAUAACUUGUUGGGGCUCAUCAAGCGCCAUCAGCGCAGGGGCGUCCCGCAGACCUUGGUCAAGCAGAUCGCGAAGCAGAUCCUU